AUGAUAUUUGAUCUUCUUUCAUAUGUCAUUGAAGAACGAAAUGGAACCAACGCAGCAGCAGCAACAAGCCGACCAAGAGAGCGGAAACAACAACAGCAGCGGCAAGAACGGAGGAGGGUUCGCGAGUAGGCAGACGAGCACGAGGUGGACUCCGACGACGGACCAGAUCAGGAUCCUCAAGGACCUUUACUACAACAGCGGCGUACGGUCUCCUACGGCCGACCAGAUCCAGAAGAUCUCCGCCCGCCUCCGGCAGUACGGCAAGAUCGAGGGUAAAAACGUCUUUUACUGGUUCCAGAACCACAAGGCCCGUGAGCGUCAGAAGAAGCGCUUCAAUGGCACUACUGCCACUCCUACCUCUCUCAAUACGGCGAGUGAUCAUCACCACCAUCUUAACCACAACCAUCAUCAACUUCUUCUUAAUCAUCAUCAUCAUGGCAUCCCCAUGCAACGAGCUUCUUCUGGGUAUCAUCAUCAUCAUCAUCACAGCAGCAACAACGACUCCCUCAACGGCAUUACUCCCGCGAAAGUUGAUCAAGAUCAUCUCUUUCCUCAGAACAAAUUCCCCAGCUUUGGCAAUGGUAAUCACUAUCAUGCAAGUUCUGGUUCUGACUGCGCGGUUAAUGCUUCUAAUGGCUACAUGAGUAGCCAUGCCUAUGGAUCUGUGGACUGUUCGAUAUCGCCUACGGGAGGAAGCAGCGGCAUCAAUGGCGGAGGAAGCAUGAACUACAACUGGUUCAACAUGGAUCAUAAUCAUCACCAAUACUACUCUUCACCUCCUUACAACUUCUUCAACAGACCAAAGUCUUCCCUGUUCUGUCCUGAUCAAUCUGAUAAUCACGAAGAAGACGAAGACAUGGAAGACGACGAGGAUGGAGAUCACGAAGAUGGAGAUGCGUAUCUGCAACACCGAAGGACCCUCCCUCUCUUCCCCAUGCGCGGCGAAGAUCACAUCAACGGCGGAGGAUUGAUCUGGACGUCCGGUCAAUCGAACGGUGACCGUCGCAGCCACGUGGGAAGAGGACCUUGUGCUUCUCUCGAGCUCAGCCUCAGCUCUUUCACCGGCGUCCCACCGGAUUAAAUCCCCGGUCCUUAUACGCGUC